GUCCCAGGGUGCCCUGCGCGGGGCUGGCUCCUGCCCACAGUUGAGUUUGGCCCCGAGCGGAGCGGUCGGGCCCGGGCCCGCUCGCGCCGUCGCGGUCCACCCCCCCGCGCCCCGCUCCCAGCGCCGCUGCCUCCCCCCCGCCCUCGCGGGGAGCGAACAUGCGACUCCGGCUCCCUGAGGAGGCCGCCGCCGGCGAGUGAGGAGCCGCCGCCACGGCCCGGCCUGGCCCCGCCGCCCGCCCGCCCCGGCCGCAGUCGCCCCGCUUCGCCCAGGCAAUGACAGCGGCUCCGGCCCCCUCCCCGCAGCAGAUCAGGGACCGGCUGCUGCAGGCCAUCGACCCGCAGAGCAACAUCCAUAACAUGGUGGCAGUGCUGGAAGUCAUCUCCAGCCUGGAGAAAUAUCCCAUUACCAAAGAGGCACUUGAGGAGACAAGACUUGGGAGGCUUAUCAAUGAGGUGAGGAAGAAGACAUCCAAUGAGGAGCUUGCCAAACGUGCCAAGAAAUUGUUGCGGAAUUGGCAAAAGUUGAUAGAACCUGUGACCCAGAACGACCCGGUGCCAAGAGGGUUGCCAAACCCACCCGGCUCAGCAAAUGGGGGUGCUCACAACUGCAAACCAGAAACACAACUUCCUGCUGUGGCUGGAUCAAAGCCAAUCAGCGAAUUGAAAAGCAGGAAUGAUAUCCAGAAACUAAAUUCACCAAAAGCGGAGAAACUGGGCAAUCGGAAAAGGAAAGGUGAACACAGGGAUGGGCCUCAGGGCCCUCCUCCCCCAAAAGUCUCCAAAGCUAGUCAUGAAGUAUUACAAAACUCUUCACCCCCUCCAACCAAUGGAAUUGGAGGUAGUCCUGAAAAUUUUCCUAGUCCUGUAGACGUAAAUCUACACGCAGGGCCUGAAAGCAGCCGAACAGAACUCAGUGAAAACGAUAAACACAAUAAGAUCCCAGUAAAUGCUGUAAAACCUCACACCAGUUCUCCAGGACUUGUAAAACCUUCAAGCACUUCCUUGUUAUUAAAGACUGCAGUGCUUCAGCAGCAUGAUAAAUCGGAAGAAGCCACAGGACCGCACCAACCUAAGAGUCCUCGCUGUUCCUCGUUUAGCCCUAGAAACGUUCGGCAUGACACUUUUGCUCGGCAGCAUACGACGUACUCACCAAAGGAUUCAAUGCCUAGUCCAUCUCAAAGGUCUCAGUUCCUAGACACUGCACAGGUGCCAUCGCCACCACCAUCCCUGAUGCAACCGUCGACACCUCCGAUGCCAGCAAAAAGACUGGAGUUCUCUCAGCAGCCGGUAACUGAGGUAUCUCAGCACUGGCAGGAGCAGCAGGUCCCCUCGGAAGCCCAGCACAGGCACCCCGCGGGGCCGCUCCAGCAGCACCCGUCUCCCGGCUGCAAAACCAGCGCCCACCCCGCGGAGGCUCUCACGCCGCACGUGGGCUUCUCACAGGACGCUUCAAAAAUGGACAGCGAUGAUGCUGCUUCGGGUUCUGACAGCAAAAGGAAGAAAAGGUACCGACCCAGAGACUAUACAGUCAACUUGGAUGGGCACGUGACAGAAGGGGGUGUGAAACCUGUGAGGUUAAAAGAGAGAAAACUCACUUUUGAUCCCAUGACAGGACAGAUAAAACCUUUAACACAGAAAGAUCCUUUGCAGGUGGAAAUCCCUGCACUUACUGAACAGCACAGGACAGAAACGGAAAAGCAGGAGCAAAAACCCAACCUGCAAAGCCCUUUUGAACAAACGAACUGGAAAGAGUUAUCCAGAAAUGAAAUCAUUCAGUCCUACUUAAACAGACAGAGUAGCUUGCUGUCUUCAUCAGGAGUACAGACUCCAGGAGCUCACUACUUCAUGUCUGAAUAUUUAAAGCAGGAGGAAAGCACUAGAAAAGAGGCUAGAAAGACUCACGUUCUAGCUCCUAACAGCAAACCUACAGACUUGCCUGGGGUCACAAGAGAGGUCACGAGUGAUGACCUCAACAGAAUAUGUGAACAUAACUGGCCAGGCGUGAACGGUUGUUAUGACACACAGGGUAACUGGUAUGAUUGGACACAGUGCAUAUCUUUAGAUCCACACGGGGAUGAUGGUAGAUUGAACAUCCUGCCUUACGUCUGCCUAGACUGAGUACAGUUUGGCUAAAAAUGCUUUCCCGUCUGCAGUUAGCAAAGAGGGCAGACACCAUGCCACUUAACGAUGGAGAGAGCCUCCUGUCCUGCACAGCCAGGCCCAACGAGCAGAGGGUGUGAGGGAGCUGGUUCUUCACAGCUCUUUCCUUUAAAUUCUCCUUUUGUGAAAUGCUGCUACCAGUUUACUAACAAUUGCAAAGGAAGGCAUACGAAGGUUGAGAGAUUGAGUUCAAAACUCUAUAGCCAGCCAGCUAUAAAAAAGUGUUAGUCCCCAAGAAGAGAAGAGGAUUUCCAGCACUUUCUGAAUGCCGGAAUCUUAUUACAGGCAGGUACAGAAAACAUGUGGAAGUUACCUUAACAAAAUAUGCAUCUAUUUAUUUGACUUGAUUUGGGUUUUUAUUUGGCAGUGAGAUGUUCGAGAGACAAUGUGCAAAAACUGUAGUUCUAUCUGUAUCACAUCUCUGAACAUGAUUGUGUUUUGAGUUUGUUUUGUUCUGUUUCUCUCUUUUUUUUUUUAAGUCACGUGGUCCGGAGAUUGGGUUUGAAACAGCAGGUGUUGCACUGCAGGCUGGGCCACCAGCUUCAGCUCAACAUUCCAUAGGCAUCCACAUAUUUUAGUCUGGUUUCAGUUUAAAUCCAGUCUCUGAGAAAUGCUGCAAAAACUAGAUGUUUGACGAUAUUUUUGAUCCCACCACCACCACCAGCCAAAUAUUUUUUUUUCCCUCCUUUUCCCUUCCUGCAAACUUCUAGGAGAAAAAAACCACAAAAACACAACAAAAAAACCAAACAAAAAAACAAAACAGAAAAAAUCACCUUUUCUAGAAUCUAAAUGUAAUGAGGGUGCUACAAGUUGUAACUGUACUGUGAGAGGGAAAAAGGAAGCCUGUUUGUAUGCUGGAAAUAUACUUGUUACCAUUCCUUUAGAUAUUGUUUGCCUUAUGGAUAUCCAUCAUAAACGCAAUUUGCAAAAACAAAGAGCCUUAGUGAAUGUACAGUAACUAGACUUCUGUGUCCUCGGGACGCAGAAGGGAGCAACUUUGCUAUUUGGUCCUUUAAGUGGACACAUUGUGAUAUAAAUGUGGAAAUAAAGAAAAAUUUGCACAAACCAGUUUGUGAAUGAUUUUAAUACUUGAGAGUGGUUGUUGGUUCCCACGUUUGUUGGGUUCAGAGCAGCUGGAGCGAGCGGCGCCGCGAGCAGCCGUCGGAGCGGGGCGGAGGAGCCCACGGCACCCCACGGUGCUGGGAGCAGCCGGCUCUUAGGGAUGAUACACGAGAUGUCUUCCACUGUACUGGUGUUCAAUCACACAGGUUGGAUUUCUGUUAUUUGUUUUUAGCUCUGGUUGCAUCCAGGGUCUGGAGACUGAUCAUUCCUGUACCUCAGAGCCUGAAACACAGCGUUGGUUCAUCUUUUGUUUUCCUCCUCGGUAACUUUGUACUAUAUUAAUUGUUAAAGUGUUUUCUGCAGCCUGGUUCAGCACAGAAAGCUUCAGGAUUUCGAUUGACUGUAAUUGCUGUAACAUUUGGGACUAGGUGUUUUCUGCAGGCCUCAGUGCUGGGUUCCUGCCCAGGGAAAAGGGGAGCUGCUGCUAUACCAAAAAUCUUUCUGGAUUGACUGGUGUUAACUCGUUUGUGCCGAUCUCUGCUCCACGGAGAAGAGCCUUGGCCGGAGUUCUCCUGCCUGCAAGAGCAGAGUCGGGCUCUCAGAUGAUUUUACAGAGGUGUUCCUCGCCAGGUGUACGUUCAGUUGGUUCAUUCCCUGGAAUGAUAAGGUUUGGUUUCUCUUUUUAAGUCAUUCUUGUUCAAAGCUACUGCUUUUGUGAUCUGACUCGUAACGGCAUGUGUGGGUGUCUCGAAUCUCAAAGCCUGAUGUCUGUUCUGCUUCCAUUUCUGAAACCUGAGGUCUGAGAGUGAACCCAGAAAAAAAGUGCUGGAGUUUGUUUCUGUUGUGUCCUCCUGCGGUUGAGGAGGUCAAGCAGCGGGAGUUGGAGUUGGGGAAAGCUGCUAUGUUCUUGCACUUCAGAAAGGUGGAUUUGAUGGUAGAGGGCUGAAAAGCUGCUCAUGUUGGAAAAUGCUUGGGUUUGGUGUAUGUGAAAAAUACCGUGCAUCUGAUCUCCCACCACCCCCCUCCCUCUGUCCCUGAAUGAUCUCACUUAGGAACAGGGUCUGUGCUCUUCUGAGGCCUUUGAGGAUAGGGCAAGUGUCUGGAAAUGACAAAAGCAUUAAAUGAUACUUUAUAAAACCCACCUUUUCCUCCACUGCUUCCAUUUCUGAUGAGGUGACAGCCCAAGUCUGUCACUGCUUUCCAGUGACACCCAGCUCUUGGCAGCAAGUGGCAUCUGCCUGAGCGAUCCCCAGGUACUGGAGCCAGCCCUCUCCCAGGGGCACGGGAUCCCGAGGGAAACCCCCUGACAGUGCAAGCUUUAAAUCGUGUUCCAUACCCAGUUUGUUUCUGCUCUAAGGGUCAGCUGACCUGGAUGUCAUCCAGAGUGAGAAGCAGCUUGACAAUCUUUCUUUCAGCAUGCUAGUAUAACCAGUUCUGUGAGCUCUCCAACAACUGUGAAUAAGUUUACAAGGUGAUAUCUUUUUCUGUCGAUUUUGUAAACAAGUUCCAAUGAAGUUUUGCCGUGUGCGUUA